AUGACCACUCCCAACAUUCGCUUUGUGGUCCUGUCGGACACCCACGACUCCGCCUUCCCUUCAGAGCUUCCUCUCGCAGAUGUCGUCAUCCACUGUGGCGAUCUCACGAUGAUCGGUGGCAUGUCGAACUACAAAGCUGCUAUUAAAAGUCUAUCGGACUGUAACGCGGAGUUGAAGCUCGCGAUCCCAGGAAAUCACGAUAUAUCUUUGGAUCCUACGUGGUGGGCCAAUAAUUCAGACGAAGAUGAUGAUCCCGAAGAGCCGAAGAAGGCAAUUGAACUAUUUACGCAAUCCGGAAUCAGUCUUCUGAGCGAAGGACUCCACUCAUUCACUCUCAAUGAUGGUCGGUCCUUCACUCUCUACGCCUCACCCUAUACCCCCGAAUUCAACGGAUACGCAUUCUCGUACGGUCCGGAUGAAGAUAGAUUCAGUCCGGCCGAAACAGCAGGUGACUGCGAGCGCCAUGGCAUAAACACCCAUGGUCCAAACCCGAUCUCCGAGAAUGUCGAUAUUGUGGUUACACACGGCUCACCGCAAGUCCCAGGCAGAGACUAUCGACUCGACCUCGACAGCGAAGGCGCUCAUUGCGGCUGCCCGAAAUUAUGGAAGGCGAUUGAACGCAUACGUCCACGCGUCCAUUGCUUCGGCCAUCUCCACGAAGGUUAUGGGUCGCAAAUGAUCGAAUGGGGUGCCGAUUCUUCAUAUACCAUUGUGAGCCCUGUCAUCGAAGGCGUCGAAAUUACGACUACGGGAGACACUGAAAACACCUUACUCGUCAAUGCAGCAAUCAUGAAUCACAAAGGAAACAAUAAUAGACCCUGGGUGAUAGAUAUGUAG